AUGGUAUUUAUCGAAAGAUUUUAUCUAGAUGAUGUAAUUGAGAGAUUAUUUAAGAAUGAUUAGAAAAAUAACAGAGUCAAAUUUUCAGAUUUUAUGAGAUACUUAGAUGAGGAAUAAACUUAUGACUAUAAUAAGCAGGAAUAUAAACAGAGUCUAGAACUUUUCGAUCAAGAUAAAAAUGGAAAAGCUGAUAUUGAAGACAUUAAAAGAGUGCUUAAGACUUAUUCCUCAUUGAAUGACGCCUAAGUAAAUCAUUUCAUAACUCUUAAUCUGAUGAAUGAUCCAAAUGCUAAUGAUGACUAUGAAAAGAAUUAUGAAGGAGAAGGGGAUGAAAAUUUUACAAAGGGAAACCCUCCUAAUUUUACAACAAACUAAGAUAACUUUGCUGGAAAAGAUAGACCAGGCCGUUUGGAAUGGGAAAAUUUUGGACUAUUAUAACCCAACUUUAUUAGCUAUAUUUGCCCAGUUUUAGACACUCCUGAUUCUAAUAAGUUCUUAAUCUGCGCUGAGUUCCUUAUACAUUAUUUUGAUGUAGAAUAGAAGACAGGUGCGUUUAAUCACAUUGGAAGUUUGAAAUCUCAUGAUAAAGUCGUUAAUAUGUGUACACCUGUAAAUGAGCAGCUAUUUAUUUCUUGUUCAAGAGAUCCCAUCAUUAAACUAUAUAAUUACCCAUCUCAAGAUGACAAUUAAAUUUAGCCUACUGCAUUAUUUGAAGGACAUGAUAUGUCUGUAACGAGUGCUUCAGUUUCUCCAUGCAAAACCAGAUUGAUUAGUGGAAGUAGAGACUAGACAACUAGACUAUGGGAUUUAGAAACCUAGUAAUAACUACAAAGUAGAAAAAUAGAGAGAAAUGCAAUUACCUAUCUGAAGUUUCUACCUUACACUCAGGACUUAUUCAUUGAAUGUAGUGAAGAUUUGACUCUUAGACUUUGGGAUAUUAGAGCUAGACCUUUUAAACCCUCAAUUGAGUUUAAAGUUGGCACUAAUUUUGCUACAACAUGUGAUGUCCUUAGCUAAGAUGGGUGUGAUAAAUUAUUGGUAACAGGUCAUAGAGGUUUUAAUGAAUCUGGAGCUGAUGUAAAACUUUGGGAUUUAAGAGAAUUCGGUGAGGACAAACUAGUUUGGAACUAUCCUCACCACAAAUUCAACCCUGAAUCUGUGAGAUUCGUUUAGCAUUCAGAUCCCUCUCCAGUGAUUAUCACUGCAUCCAAAGAUUAACAAAUGCAUCUAAUAGAUGUUGAAAAAGGUGACUAACUAGAUUCAAUAAAGCACGGAGAUAGCUUUAUUUCAAUGGACAUUCUUGGCAAUAAAGGAUUGUUUGUUGCUGCAGAUGUAAAGUCAAAUUUAAAUUUGUUUUCUUAUGAUAAUAGCUCAAGAUAAAUAAAGUAUUUCGAGUGA